AUGUUCUCCACAUUAUCUGCGCUGCAGGCACAGGAAGCGCAGCAUAAUACCGACUUUUUGCAACUGCUCCCCUACGAACUUCUCAACAUUGUCAUAAACAGCUUGGACCAACAGGAAUUGGUAGCCUUGUCGUACGUCAACCGUUAUUUGAACCGGUUGUGCAACAUUAGAAUCUACCGUAAAAUCAUCCUUUGCGACGACCAUCCCAAAGUGGCUUCAACCGACAGCCGCUUCGAUGAGUACUAUUCGUGCUUGCCUAUCUCCCAUAUGGCCCCGUUUGCCAAUAAUCUCACUGCUUCCAACUUCUCACUUGUCCACAAACUAAUAAUACACUCACAGUCCAAUUUCAUCGUGAAUGACUAUUCAAAGUUGUAUGUGCGUUUCUUCAAACUAUGGGAUUUAAUUCCAUCCCACAACAUCACUUUCAUCAACUUCGACAUAGGAAACCUCCGUCAUUACCAGUCUAUAAACCAAUUCGUAUUCAACAACUCUACUGAAUACCUCGAGGACGACUGUGUUAGCAAGCCAGUGAACUUGAAGAUAAAUAAUCUCAAAAACUGGACGAUAUUCAAUUUCGACGAGUUGUUCCAAUUGCCCUACAACAGAAACCUCCAAGAGCUCGACAUCUUCAUCGAGAACGAGUCACUCUUCAACACUACCAAAGAUACUCCGCCAGCUGCAAUUCCAGCCCCUUUAAUGAACAACUUGGCCACCCUCCAGGGGUUGUACUUGAACUCGCCUAUCUCUACUGCCAUGUUCCUCAACUAUUUCAAUUCUACAGGAAUAACUCAGCUGGAUAUUCCGCUCAUGCGCAACAUGUCGAAGCUCUCGAUCACAAGCUCUCACACGCAUUGGUACGAAUCCCGCUUAACGUUUGAAUCGUUGUCUCUCUUGGUGGACAUCAACCAGUUGGAUCAGCUCGAGUUGAAGUUGAACUGUUUGCAUCACGAUUGUGACUGUAUUCUACAAUUUUUCAACGACUUGCAAAACGCAGCACAUGGUUCAAUCUUGCGCAAGUUGAGUAUCAUCAACUACAAGUCCAACAACUUGAGACAAAACUUGUAUCAGUUCAACUGUUUACUCUCAUGUCCGGACUUUCUCAGCAAGUUCGAGUCGCUUGAGUCGCUUUACUUGAACAUAAACGAUUUCAUCAGAUUGGAUUCGACAUCUAACCAUGCAAUCAACUUUUCAAUCCAGAAGUUGAUUAACACAGUUUCCCAUCUCCCUAACUUGCAGAAUCUCGUGAUUCCCGACUUUUUCAACAACUGGUUGGUCAAUCUUCCUGAUUUUUUUCAUAAGAUGGACGGCAGAAAUCACGACAGUGUCAGACGAAGCUACUUUGAUACAUUGCUCAACCAAUGCGAAUGUUCCUCGUGUUGUCAGACCCGGUUCUUGUUCAAUAGUCUUUCUUCGUACGACUCAAACAACAAUUACAAGCACGAAUUCAAGAGCUUUAGCAUCAACGCUAGCACUCAGGGUUCUUCCAACUUGUCUGGGUCUAAGAUUGGCACUAAUAAGUCCAACAUCAACUUCCUCAACUACUUGAUCUCCAAGCUAAAGCAGCAGUUCAAGUAUCUCAACCAGAACCUAUUCCUGAUUAACUCAAUCAUCAAUUCGAACGACAAGCCGUUUUUGAAUAACGAUGACUUGGUCGAUUACAACAGAUUGUUCCUCCACAACUGUCUCUACAGGUUGGUGGACAUCAUUAAAAGAGAAAACCCCAAGCUCACGGCCGUUAACUUAGGGGGAGUUCUCGUGGAGUUCGACGGUGCAAACCAAAUAAGAGCCCCUUACCACAGAUCACUCACGGCCGCAUAG